AUGAACAAGCCACCCCCCACACACACACACAAACAUCUUAGUCACAUUCUGUCUCCCAUCCUCUGUCCUUUCUGUGUGUCUUGUGUGCAGGUGAAGCGUUCGUUUGGCCUGUGCAGUCUUCAGCUGACCUAUUUUGAUGAGGAAAACGAGGAGGUGUCCAUUAACAGCCAAGUGGAGUAUGAGGAGGCAUUAAAGAGUGCAGCGAGGCAGGGGAACCGACUGCACAUGAACGUGUACGAGACUCGGGGCCAGUCGGCAAGGGUCCCUACCACCAAGACCAGCGGAACAGAGCCCAAGAGGGGCUUCAGACCCCCGCAGCACUGCCCCGCUCUGGCCCAGGUGGUCAGCCGCAAAGUCCAGGCUGCGGUGCCAGAACAGGGCAUGGUGAUUAUGAAAGAUGUGAAGGGUACUAAAGAAGAAGACAAGACUCCUCCAGCCUGGUUCACCUCUUACAUGGAGAAGUUUAAAGACCAGGUGGUUCGCGAGGCGGUGGAGAAGAUCUGCCGGGAGUUCUCUGGACAGUGCUGCAUCCACAAGCCCCUUGGAGGAGGAGCAGGAGGAGGGGGGGGAGGUAGAGGGGAAGCAGCGGGAGGAGCGGAGGCCCAGCAGGUCCCUGAGGUCUCCUCCUCCACUCUACCUGGGGCUCCAUCCUCCUCCACUCCUCCCUGCUCCUCCUGCAGGGGGCAGACCACCGGAGGAGGCUACCAGUGCAGUGUGUGCACCUCCUGUACUCUGUGCGAGCCCUGCAGUUUCUCUCAUGAUCCCAGUCACAACCUGGUGAGAGCAAGGACUCCCCUGUCCAUCCCGGAGCACGGAUCACCUGCCCCAGACCACAGCAGGUUCUACAGGCGAGGCGACCGCAGUUUCCGGAAGGCGGAGAAGCAGCGGCUGAAGGCAGAGAAGCGCCUGCUGAAGGCCGAGGUCAAAGAGAUCCGGAAACAGCUGAGGAUGGAGAGGCGGGGCAUACAGUGGAGCUCCUCCCACAGAGACGGAAGCUCCUCCCCUGUCCUUCUGCAGCCUCGAGCCACCCAGCACAACAGCCCUGAGCGUCCAAAGCGUCCCUGUCCCCUGGUGGUUCCAGCCAUGACGGCAGCAUUUCUGGAUGAAAACCUUCCUGAUGGAACCCGACUGCGUCCCGGGACCAAAUUUAUCAAGUACUGGAAGAUGAGGAACACUGGAACGAUCAGCUGGAGUGCAGACACUAAGCUCAAAUUCAUGUGGGGAAACCUGGCGGUGGGAUCUGGGGACCGUUGGAGAGAGGUGUCUGUUCCCUUCCUCCAGCCAGGACAGGUUGGUAUAGUGAGUGUAGCACUCAGUGCUCCCACUGUGGAGGGCUCCUACACCUCCCACUGGCGCCUGGCCCAUGCUGGAGAGCAGUUUGGACCCAGGGUCUGGUGCAGCAUCGUGGUUGAUCCUCUGGCUCCAGCGCCCAUGAUGGCAGAUGGGAUACUGGUGUCACCCUGUGUCACACCGCAGGGUAAGAACCCAGUGUCAAAGGAUGGAAAAACCUGUGCAGCAUCUCGGGAGCUACCAUUAAUGUCAGUGGACCAAGAAGAGUACUACAUCCCCUCUGUUGACCUGCUCACUGCACAGGAUCUUCUGUCUUUUGAGCUGUUGGACAUCAACAUCGUCCAAGAGUUGGAGAGUGUCCCAAACAACACCCCUGCUGACAUGACUCCGUGCAUGUCCCCUCUGCCUCAAGAUGGCCACCUGCUGGACAAGAGCAGUCCCUCUUUGGGUCUCAUCCAGGAAGAGACUGAAGUCAUCACUAGCAUCAUGGAUGUUCCUCAUGGCCCGGGAUCUGGAGCAGAAGGGGGUGGAGUCCCGGCUCAGGAGGAAGGGGAGGAUGACAUCAGUGGGACUCAGUUUGUUUGUGAGACUGUGAUCCGCUCAAUGACCCUGGAGGAGGCCCCUGACCACGCCCCUCUGAGAGGCUCCCGCCCAGAGACAGUGGUGCGUCCCGUUCCUCCGUGCAGCUCCUCCUCCUCCUCCUCCUGUGUCAAGAGUAAAACUGUAAAAACGGAGGAAAGCCCAGACAGCAGCCCAAGCAGCUCUAAAAACCCCCUGAAACCACCGGCUACGCUGAAAGCUUCCCUCCCUCCCCCGCUGAAAGCCUCCCUGCCUGCUCCCCUGUCUGUGGCUCCGACCCCGGGAACCGGCCCCAGCUCAGCACCGACCCCGCUCCGUGCUCCGCCCAGGGCCUCCACCUUUCAGGAGCAAACAAUCACAGAUGAAGGUGAGAUGUCCCCCAUGGAGAGAGAGAAUGAGCCAGGGGAGGAGAAGGAGAAAGAGGGGGAAGACAACAGAGAAGGGACGAGGAGCCGCUCCUCCUCCACCUCCUCAGAAGAUUACAUCAUCAUCCUCCCUGACUGCUUUGACACCAGUCGGCCACUGGGGGAGUCCAUGUACAGCUCUGCUUUGUCCCAACCUGGUGAUAUCACAGCCCAAACCCCCACAGACCUAGAAACCCCCUCUCUUGACCACCCUGGCAGUUCCACCCCGGGGGGAGAGCUGGGUGAGGCGGAUGAAGCCGCAGUGGCUCCAGGGACAGGGGUAUCAGGCACUAGCAGUGCCAACGACAUGCUCUGUACGUCUCAGACGUUGGACGAUGAACCGCUGACACCUGAAGUGGUGGCACCGCCUAAAGCCAACAUCACAAGUCCAGAGAGCAGUGGAAAAACAGAUGCUGAACCUGCUGCUGCCGGCGAAGGAGCAGAGAGCUCUGAACUGUACCAAACUGAGGAAGCCUCUGGUCCUGAACAAGCUCAGGCAGGUGAUACUGAAGUUACUGAAGACACAGAGGACAACCCUGAGGACCCCAGGCACCCAGGCAUCACCAGCGGCCUGGUGAAAGGCGCUCUGUCAGUAGCUGCUUCUGCCUACAAAGCUCUGUUCACUGGACAAGGCCCCACACAGCCUCCAGUGGAUGCAUCCACCCAGGACACCAUGAUGGCCGUGCUGGUGGAAAUGGGUUUUGGGGACAGGCCGCUGAACCAGCGGCUGCUGAACAAAUACAACUACAACCUGCUGGACGUGGUCAACGAGCUCGUUCAGAUGACCGACAAUGACUGGUACUCUACGCGCUACUGAUGAGAGAGAGAGAGGAAGAAGUGUAGGAAGAAGAAAAAAGGAGAAAGAGCUGAAACAAUAAAUUAUGGAUGAAGAAAGAAGAGGAGGAAUGGCUGGAAGAGAGAAAUUCAUUUCUGCUCAUCUACCUUUUUACCUUCCACCUUCUGCCUAUCUCUCUCCUAAUUGGUCCAUCCUGGACUAGCUGGAUGGAGAUAAAUCUUCUCUAUGACCAUACAAGGAGACAUUCCAGCAAACUCUCUGGGAUACUGUGUAGACCAUCAAACACCCACUGUCUGUAGUAUUACUUUCAGCUUAGGCCUUGAUAGUGGCAGGGCAGCUGCUGUGCAUAGGAAUGUAAGAGAGCUGAAGAAAGAGACAUGUUCUUUAAGUCUCAGAGGAGCUACGGUUAACAUUUACCGUUUUCUAAAAUUAAGACCACAUAUCCCAUGAGCCCUCUGCGGCCUGCAAAGAUGGCAUGCAAAUAUAAAAGAGGCAGUAACAGCAAAUAUGGAUUUUAAUGUGACACAAUAUGCUAAUGUGAAGUUGUGUUACUUUCAAAUACAAAGCAGUUCCACAUUCAUGCACUAAUGUAACAGAUUUUCCAGUUAAUGUAAGAUGCAGCUUAGUGGCUAGCAGAGGUAAAUAUACCCAUAUCAAAAUAAGCAUGGUUAUGAUUUGAAAAACUACACAUGGUACCUUCCUGCUUUGCCCUUUUGCCCAGCAUAGUGAUGACGUGCAGUAUCCACAUCUGCACUGAAAACAAUUAUGAGAUCCACACCACUGGUCACUAAGUACCUAGCCCUUACCAGCAGUCAGCAUGUGUUCACAUGGUUGUAAACUACAUUUAAGUAGCCUAAUGGUGUGCUUUUGCCAUUUACCAAGCAACACAGACAAUUGAAAUACUUGCUUUCAACUACUUGUUUGUGUGAGCAUGAGGGUUCCUUUGCACAAAAUCCUUUUGCAAAAAAGUUAUCAAUGAAGAUUUUUCAGUGUUGGCCAAGGAUGAUUUGGACCAAAUCUUCCCUGGAGUUCUGCAACUCUGGCCCAGGUAACAAAUGGCCUGGGACUCGGUAGCACAACUCUAGGCCCAAUUUACAGAAGCUGUGAAGCUUUGGGCUCAGCAAGGUUUGGUUGUUAUCAAAUGUAAUUUAUUAAGAAAAUAUAAGGUUAUUAUCUUGAAGCUGUUGAAUUGAUAUUUUGAUAUAGAAUUACAUAUAACUGUAAUCACACAAAGUACAGUAUGCAGACAAGUAUGUGGACAAUGCUGCUUACGUUGGAGCCACUUGUCUACGCUCUCAUGUUAGAGCCUUAGAGCUGGGUACAAAGUGAUUAUCUGUUUCAUUUGGGUUCAGGUGUCUUAGAGAAAGGUUGCAUUGUAUUAUUAUCAUUAGUUUUUUUGUUUGUUUGUUUUAUAACUUAUGUCCAUAUCACUGGAACGUAUUUAGGGUUUCCACACACCUGUCACUGUUCUGUACACAUAACCUGCUUUAGAUCAGUAGCUAACUACUGAAAGCAGAAAAAUAUUCCCCUGGUAAACUGGAUUUGGAGACUCGUCCUUCUCUGGUUCUGCCAUUGGAAAGAGGUUGGAUACAGUUAGGGUGCUUUCAUUUUGUUUGCUUCAUUUUAAACAAACUCUUGUGUGCUUGCCUGUUUGGUUUUGUUUGUUUAGGCAGGUGUGAAAGAUGUCAACGAAAUCACCGCAUGGAGACCGCCUGAGUAGGAGGGCCUCGGUCUGGUUCCAGACCAGCUCUGCUGUGGUUUCAUAAAAUGCCCUUUGUUUGCUUUUACUCCUUAAACACAGGGCAUUUUAUGAUAGUAGAUAUGGGAUUUCAGCAUGAAGCAACAUAUAUUUAUGCGCAAAUCCAUUGUAACACAUAUGCGCUUCAGCACGUGUGUUUGGGAAAUCUCUGCCAUAUAUCAGAAAAUGAAAAGAAGUUAAAUAGAGUUGUGUUGAACGCAUGUCUUACUCCAUGUAAGUGAGACAUAGCGACUGUAAUAUAACAGUCUUUUCCAUCCUAUUUCUAUGUGGUUAGAUGGAUCCAGUGCUGAUAAUACAAGAUGGCAUCAGCAAAACUGUCCAAUGAGUGAGUUACCUGUCAGUCCAUAUGAAUUUAUGUUUACAGCUCUGAUUCGUCAAGCCAGUGUGUGAACACCAAAUGGACCAGAAAUAAAAAGUGAAAGGUUUAAGGUUCUUUUGGUCCAGACCAAAUGAACCACACUACAGGUGUGAAAGCACCCUUAGAUUAUCCGAUAACUUCUUCGUUGGAAGCGUACCCUGGACUGAAAAUGAAGACUUCCCUAACAUUCUGUUCACUGUCUUUAUCUUGUUCAUAUCAUUUUGCAAUUCUUGUUUUGUGCUUCUUCAAAGUGGUCUGGUGUGGGGGCUGAUACUCAUAGAGGGUCCUUUGGUAGAGCACAUUCAGAGCAUGUACAGUAACAGUAGGGUCAUUCCAAACUUAAACUGGAAAAACCCAAUGUGUACCUAUGUGAAAAUGUGUUUUUUGUCCCCCUUCAAAAAAUGUAUGAUUAUAUACAAAACCUCCUAGAUGGAAGCUAUGACUAUCAUUUGACUUCAUUAGUUUAAGUUUAAGAUUGAUUUUUUAGAUUGUUUAAGGUGUUUGUGCUUCGAAUGCUUGAAAGCUGCUUGGAAAUGUAACAAAUUAGAGCUGUGGAUGUUGUAUUUUUAGGCUUAUUGUGUGGUGGUUGAGUUUGCUCUGCUGUGUGUGUGCGUGCGUGUGUGUGUGUGUGCGUGCGUGCGUGUGUUAGUGUUGUUUGUAAAUGUUACCAGAUUGAUUGAAGGAUUUGGAGUAGAAGAAAUAAUUUAAUAAAACAGCACUUGUUGUAGGAUUAUGAUUAAUUGUGUGCAUACAUGAUACAUAAAUCAGUGGGUAAAAAACAAACAUUUGGCCAAGCCACAAUUAAAAAUCACUGUCUUUAUUAAUCCAAAGGCACAAACUGGGACUUUGACGUUUUGGGAAAUUCACUUUCUUUCUGUGAGUUACAUGACAACAUUGCUACCACUCUCAUGUGUGUAUGCUAAAUCUGAAGGUACCACGGGGGGUAACGUUAUGUGAAUGGAAACAUCCAACAUGCUCCGGGAGCUCUAAAGCUCAGUAAGCAGAAGUUACAGAACCUAGCCAAGAAAUAGUUCAGCACAUAACCUCAGUAAAUCAACAGCAUGACAUUUUUACACUUACACAAGGGUCAAACAGACUAUAUAAUGUGUUCAUUUGUGAGCCUUCCAGGUUGGCUACUGUUAGGUGGUUCUUGUUACCUUCAGAAAGAGAAAGCCUAGCUGUUUCAGUUGUCAGUCUUAGUGCUAAGCUAACCUAAGCUAACCGGCUGCUGGCUGUAGCUUUGUUACUGCACACACAUGAGAUUGGGAUGAAUCUUCUCAUCUAACUCUCAGCAAGAGAGGGAAUAAGCACAUUUCCCAUGUUGAGCUAUUCCUUUCAGGUUUAGGCAUCAGACGUUAACUUUGCAACUCAGCCAAAAACCGAAUAUUUAAACUUCUGACAAACUGACGAUAUGUAGUGAAGAUUUUAAUGGGAUGUUUUUCACUCAGCAAUGUUCAUUAGAAAAAAAACAAGCUCACCAUAAGUAGCCAGAAUGUUGAGACUGAGGGUCAUACUCCAAUACAAGAGAACAGUAUUAAACAAAGAGAUCACUGUUGACAUACAGCCACUCUUACCUACAGUGUAAUAUGAUGUUACGGGACUGUGAAUUGCCAGCCAAAUUAUGAUAAAUGGUGUACAAACUAUUUCACCACCUAACCCAAAUUUAAAUGUUUUCAGGAAAUGGGAAAUACAAUAUGUUUUUGUCCAUUUUUUUGUUUGUUUAGUUUUUUCCUUGAGGAUUAUCUGCUUCUACACACAGUUCUAGGGUAAACUCCCAUAGGUUACCUGAGCUUAAUGUCAUGUAUUCCUGGGUUUCUUGUACAUUUUGCAUCACAUUCACUCAAUUGAAUCUCAUCACAGUCCCUUUAAUAGACAUCAAGAUCCUGGGACCUCCGUAGGUAAUUAAUGAAACCCUGCUGCACAUCUCAUCAAAACUCCUGCGUGGUGAAUUGGAAUCUGGAAAUGUGCACGUGAAGAAGGGGAAAAGUUUCACACACUGUACUGUAUGUCAUUUUGCUUCAAUUAAACGUGUAUGUGUUUUACGAGGGACAGUCAGGUGAAAUAUUUUCAUAUUGCGGUAUGAAUACAAGUGAAGUAUUUAAGGAUGAAGAGAAAAGCUAGACUGUUUGAGCUUUUUUUCUGUGUUGCACUUUAUGAUCAUGGUUAUGAUGUUCAAAAAAAGUCAUUAAAGUCAUUACACUCAUGA